GGCGGAGCGGAGGACCGGGGGAAGCCAGGGCGCCAGAAGGCUUUGGAAGAAAGGCAGAAGGCUGUGGCCAAGAUCCGGGGCUCGCCGCAAGCCUGGCGCUUCCUGGGAUCCGGGCCCGCUGCAGGGCCGCGGCCAACCUAGGUAUCCAAUAUGCGGGCAGACGGAACUGCGUCAGGAAACCCGAUCAAGGUCAAGACCAGGGCCAGGGGCGCCCUGGAGCAGCCGUGCAGCCGCCACCUGCAAGCCAGAGCGCUGCGCUCUACGUGCACUGGCCAUACUGUGAAAAGCGUUGCAGUUAUUGUAACUUUAACAAGUAUAUCCCCCGAAGGCUAGAUGAGGAUGCCAUGCGGAAAUGCCUUGUGAAGGAGACAACUACACUGCUGAAACUCAGUGGAGUGCAGAGGAUCGACUCUGUGUUCUUUGGUGGGGGCACACCGAGCCUGGCCAGCCCUCAUACAGUGGCCUCAGUCCUGGAGACCAUCGCCCAGACCACCCACUUGCCUGCUAAAGCUGAAAUUACCCUAGAAGCCAACCCUACCUCAUCAAAGGCAUCAAGGCUGGCUGCCUUCCGAGGGGCAGGUGUCAACAGACUAUCCAUUGGCAUCCAGUCCUUAGAUAAUAUAGAACUCCAGCUGCUAGGCAGGACCCACUCUGUGUCAGAAGCCUUGGGGACCUUGGAGGAGGCACGGCAUCUGUAUCCAGGGCGCACAUCUGUUGAUCUCAUGUUUGGCCUCCCAGCACAGCAAGUGGAACCAUGGCUCAGGCAGCUGCAGGAGCUACUUUCCCUCUGUGAUGACCACGUCUCUCUCUAUCAGCUGACCCUGGAGAGGGGCACCCUGCUCUUUGCCCAUGUCCAGCAAGGGACCCUGCCCUCCCCAGACCCAGAAGUUGCAGCUGAGAUGUACCAGGAUGGGCGGGAGGUCCUGAGGGAGGCCGGGUUCCGUCAGUAUGAAGUGUCCAACUUUGCCAGAAAUGAAGCUCUCAGCACCCAUAACUGGACCUAUUGGCAAGGUGGUCAGUACAUAGGUGUUGGGCCCGGGGCCCAUGGGCGAUUUGUGCCCCAGGGGGAUGGAGGGACCCUCCGAGAAGCUCGAAUCCAGACGUUGGAACCUGAUAAUUGGAUGAAGGAAGUUUCAAUGUUUGGACAUGGCACCCGGAAGCGAGUCUCCCUGCGUGAGCUGGAGCUAUUGGAGGAGGUUUUGGCUCUGGGGUUACGUACAGACAUAGGAAUCACUCACCAGCACUGGCUGCACUUUGCACCCCACUUGUCCCUGUGGGACGUGUUUGGGGAAUCUGAGGAAGUGAAGGAGCUUCAGUCGCAAGGCCUGUUGCUGCUGGACCACGGCGGGCUUCGGUGUUCCUGGGACGGGCUGGCUGUGCUGGAUACUAUACUGCUGAGACUCCUCCUCCAGCUCCAGAAUGCCUGGAAAAACAGGCCUCCUCCCACCCUCAAGGUCACUGAGUCAGGAGCUGCCUCCCAAAGAGGGGUUCAUGCUUCAAGUAGAGCUUGGGCCAGGUGACCUCUGAGGGAAAAGAGAUAUGGACCUGAAUCUUUUUACCAAUGGGACGUCAACUAUAGGAACACAAUUUUCUCAGGACAACCCAAGUCUCCCAGGAAUUCUCCACCUAAUGUCUCUUCAUAAGCUAAGAAUUAAACUAAGUUCUCUAAAAAAUAUCUGUCUCUUA